AUGGGUAUUCCUAUGUACCGUGAGCCUUCUACGGCUGAGGCUACCAAAAACAAUACUAUGAAGGAUCAUUGCGCUGCCGCUCGCUCUGCGAUUCGCCGCCAGGCCACGAUUCGCCGUCCGUCGCGGUAUAGUGGCUCUGGUCUACGCAGCGCGACAUUGCGCUCUCCGUUUCCUCGUUCACUAGCGGACGAGAUUGAGCGCGAGGCAAAUGGCCUACCACGACAUUCACAUUCUCCUGCUGCGAAUUCCACUCCGCCCGGCGAUCCGUUCGACCUCAACAGUAGUUUAGCUGACAACAGCCGCCAUGAAGCUGGACUGCGCAUCCUUGGAGAUGCGCUUCGCCAUAGCCGUCCGGGACAACGGUUGCGAAUUCCGAGGAACUCAACACUCCCCGAUCUACACUCUCACUCUAGGCGCGCCGGUGAUGCAGGUACCCGCCCAGAGCACCAAGAGCGUCUCUCAUUCACACCCCGCUUUGCUCCUGCCAUCGCAUACCAUAGGCAACCAACACCAUCAGCCGGACCGGAUAUUCUUCGCUUAUCAUCUAUGCCUCGGCAUGAUUCUCCUGUGCCAGAGGUUCCGUCAGGGUCUUUCCUUCCCCUAUUGCGCCGGGUUGGCCAGCGCUCUAUAAACGAUGCGAAUGUGACGACCCGCGACUCACUUGUCGAUGGCCUCGGCGAUCGCCAGAGGAGCGUGGACCUAGAAGAUGACCAUGCAAAUGACGCAUGGGAGACUCUUCUCACCACGAUAACACCAGAUGCCAACCUUCCCAGUGCCGAUUCCUCCUUUACAUCUGCCUCCGCUUCUGGAACAAAUGUUUCGCGUGUUGGUACUUCUAGGAGCUCUGCGACAUCACUUGAGUCACUCCAAAACUCCUUGCACACCGCUAUCCCAACCGUUCAAAUGACACUCGAUCCCUAUCCGGAAUCCUCGAACCCUUGUGACUAUCCUAGCUCUACCGAUUCUGAUACCGAGUCGGACGGUGAAAUCACUCAACAAUCCUUAUUCCGGCGCUACCGCCGGCGUAUGCGACAGGUUGAUUCUAUGAGACGCUCGCAUAAUCUUCAAUCGGCCUUGAAUAACCCCCCGUCCAUUCCCACAAUCUCCUUCGCAUUCUCGGAUUCCUCAGCAGACCAGGAUCUGCAUCACAUGCAAGCCAUUCUGGAUCGGCUUGCCCGUCGGGAGGAUAUCCCUGAUGACUGGUGGGCGGCAGCUGGACUGUCCCGCACCAUUGGCCAGAGAGCAGGUACCAAUGAUACAAACGACAGUCGUGGUCCAGAUGGUCCCAGUCGCCAGAGAUGA